AUGCGGCGGAGGUACCCCAUCCAGGUCGACGAGCUCGAUCACGACGACGUGAAGCUGCUAACUCGCAUCCUGCGAGUAGACCCAACCUCGCAGCGGCCAGAUAAUCAGAAAAACCGGCAAAUGAUCGCCAGACUCCCCUCUCACCUCCACAGCUCGACUUUGAUGAAGCUGGUCUGCGGGUGCAGCAACACCGCCGUGCUGUGUCCGACACACAAGGACCUGAACCGGCAGGUCGUCCGGCAUGCUUUCACCCUCCUUCAGCAAGAGGUCACUUGGCGUCUUGAUUCGAUUGAGAAGCAUCCCGGCAUGGUUGGGCCAGAGGAAGCUGUGAUCAUUCGGUAUCUUCGGACUAUCCAGGGGAUGUGGACUGCACCACCCGCUGGGAUGCCCUCCCCGCGGGGAACGUGGACCUUCCAGAUCGACAAAUGCGAGGCUUGCAUGCUCGCCAGGGUUGGUUCGACUCCACGCGCUCUGCGAGAUCUCCGCACCGUGCUGCUGAGCCGUCAGCAGGCACGGACGAACAACAUACCGCCACGACUGCUCCGGUUUGUGGAAGAAUGGAUCAACCAGCACGAAGACAUGAAACAGUACAUCUACCAACAGAGUAACCACCAGGCGUGGGGCAUGAAGGAGGCUAGGGAGUACGCCGUUCGCGCAAGCCACCAGAAGAUGGAACGCCAGAUCAGACAGGUAAACCAGCCUUCAGAAGUCCUUGCAAGUAGUGGCUCUGGACAUGCAAAUACGCUAAACGAGGUCAGUGACACCGAACACGAACGGCACAACAGUCGCAGAGACAAGUCAAAACUGUUCUGUUCUGGAGACGGAGCUGCUGACUGGGAGAACGAGAUCAUUGACGCGUAUGCGGCCACACCCCAGGUUAGUCUCACUCUGGAGCAGCAGCUUGGACCAAUGAAUCUCACGCCAUGGCCUGGCAAUGCUGACCCUGCUGCUGCAUCAUCUUCAGCCGGAACUGUGUCUGACCGCAAUCGCAAUUCUCAUCAGUCAGGUAUCAUGGGCCAGCUGGAUGGAGCCGCCGAAUUAGACUGGCGCCACAGUGAGUUUCGUAUCUAUCCUGCACACUCCUCCAGAGACGGGAGCAAUCAUCCGCCAGAUGAAUUUCACAUCUUCGUAACCCGUGGCAAGGACUCGGACUCACGUUCAGAGUACACAGAUGUCACUCCACCGGGCACGCCCCCGUCUGUGUCACCCGCGGAAACCACCUGA